GUUUUGGCUAUCAGCUCUGAGGAUCGGGCGGUGUACUUCAGACAAGGUGUGACCUCUAGUGAGCUGAGUGGGAAAACCUGGAGGGCCAUCACUGUCCCCCGAGACGGAGACCGAUCCCACUCCAGUGCCAGCGCAAGCUCCCUGCAGAGUGCUGGAAUUUAUUUCUGUGGUGAGGUGCGCGCUCAGUCAGCAGUGAGCGAUGUGGAGUCGGAGAGAGGAUCUACAGACGGAGCCACAGGCCUCGUCACCUCCUCCUCUCCCGAGUCCCUCGUUGAUGCCUCCACAGACCAACCUGUCGAGACCCCCAAACCCCACAUCCCCAAAGUCACCAGCGACAGCUUCAUCUCUGAACUCGUCUCUGACCGAGAACCGGCAAAGACUUCCAGAGAGGAAACUCCCCCUGCUGCUUUGGAGGAGGAACCCCUCGCUGUGGAGGAAGAUCUCAAAGACCCCUGUGCAGGUGUAGCUAUUCCCCCUCAGGACCCCCAGUGGUGUAACGUGGAUCUGGAGGAGGCGCAGAUUCAGCAGACUGGACUUGUGUUGGACUCUGUGGACACCUGCAGCCUGUCGUCAGUGGCCACGUACACUCUGGCCAUGGAGGACCCGUACGGGGCGGAUGAGCGCCCUCUGUGGGCCUGGGUCAGCGGGGGGGGCUGCAACGUGGACAGUCACUCCCAACUCAACUGGUUCAACUCCAUGAACGCCUCAUGUGUUCUUCCAUGGUGUUUCACUUCCUGUCUUUGCUGUUAUCAGAUGUCUGACUGGUCUGUGGACUACAGUGUGUCGGGGGGGGCGGACAGAGACGGCUGGCAGUAUGCGGCUGAUUUUCCAGCGUCGUAUCAUGGCCAUAAAACGCUGAAGGACUUUGUGCGUCGCAGGCGAUGGGCCAGGAAGUGUAAACUGACGACCACCGGACCUUGGCAGGAGGUUCCUCCCAUCUCCCUGAGUGACGUCACCGUCCUGCCGUGUGCAGCGCAGAUCAGCGUGGACGUGGUUCCUCUGUGGGCCAUCAGCAACAAGGGAGACGUGCUCUGCAGACUGGGAGUCUCCACACUGACGCCUGCCGGAUCCUCGUGGCUCCACGUGGGAACCGACCAGCCUUUCAAGUCCAUCUCCAUCGGAGCUGGCAGCCAGGUCUGGGCCAUCGCCAAGGACGGCUCUGCCUUUUACAGAGGAUCUGUCUCUGCAGAGAGUCCUGCAGGAGACAGCUGGUACCACAUCCCCUCCCCGGCCAAACAGAAGCUGAAGCAGGUGUCUGUCGGCAGGACGUCAGUGUACACUGUAGAUGAAAAUGGUAACCUGUGGUACCGGCAGGGCGUGACCCCCAGCUACCCUCAGGGAUCCUCCUGGGAACACAUCUCUAAUAACGUACGCAAAGUCUCCCUAGGGCCUCUGGACCAGGUGUGGAUCAUAGCGGACAAGGUGCAGGGCAGCCAUGGUCUGAGCUGCGGGACAGUGUGCCAUCGGCUGGGAGUCCAACCCAUGGAGCCCAAAGGAAAGUCCUGGGACUACGGCAUCGGGGGUGGAUGGGACCACAUCACAGUGAGGGGGAACUGCAUGGAGCCGCCCCGCAUCCGCCUGCCCUCUCUGGGGGGCCUGGCCUCUCAGAGCUCCUUCCCUGUGAGCACGGAGGCCAACGGCAAUGCUGUGGGAUGCUAGACAGACACACACACACACACACACACACACACACACACACACACACACACACACACACACACACACACACACACACACACUCUGUACAGAGCCUUCCUAAACCAUAGUACCUUUCUAGUAAUAUUUAGUAUGUCGUUUUUGUUUAAAAGUACUUCUACUUCUAACACUGGAGUAGCAGCACUGCUAAUUCAGCUCUAAACUCUGGAGGACAGCCUUUAGUGUUCACGUCCUGCAGUCAGGGUCACGGAAAGUUCUCCGUUUUAGACUUUCAGAAUCUCAUAUGAGCUGAAUUUCUCUGUCUUUGCUCACUGACAUUGAACUCGCUGGUCUUAAUGCAUUUUGUCCAUAUUUAUUCAUCAUGUGUAUGUAGUUUCUUUGUAUAGAGUACCUCAUGUUAGGUUCAGAUGAACUUGGAAAGGUAGGGUUUUAAUGAUAAAAAGAAAUGAAUGUACUUUAAUUAAAGCUAUUUGACUGCUAA